ACUCCCUCUCGCCGAGGGAAGCAGGCGCAAGAACGGCGCAUGCGCGAGGGGAAAAAAGAACCAGGGAACUUUGGUUCAAACCGGGAGCGGACACAUCGGAGGGCUCGACGCGGUGCAUUAUGGCUGUCGGCACGGGUACAUCAUUGGUGCUUUCGUCUCUCCUGUGCCUCCUGCUCUUCACCGGGAUGCAGAUGUACAGCCGCCAGCUAGCGUCCAGCGAGUGGUUGACCAUCCAAGGGGGCCUGCUGGGCUCUGCUCUCUUCAUCUUCUCCCUUACAGCCUUCAACAACCUUGAAAAUUUGAUUUUCGGCAAAGGAUUCCAAGCUAAGAUCUUCCCUGAAAUUAUUACCUGCCUGCUGCUGGCACUGUUUGCUUCAGGGCUGAUUCAUCGGGUCUGCGUCACCACCUGUUUCAUCUUCUCGAUGAUCGCCCUGUACUACAUCAACAAGAUCUCCUCCACGCUGUACCAGUCGACCACACACUCGGUGCCUGUGGCUGCCAAGACUGUCAGUAAAGGCAGGAAGAGGAAUUGAAGUAGAGGACCAUCCCAGGCACAGUCGGAAC